AUGGCUCAGUGGUCCGCACCUCCUCCGCCUCCGCCUCCGCCUCCACCUCUCGCCGCGCCGCCGCCGCCCGGCGCCUCGGUUAAGGGCCCGCCGGCGCGCAAGCUGCUUUUCAUGUGCACCUUGUCCCUGUCCGUCACCUACCUGUGCUACAGCCUCCUGGGCGGCUCGGGCUCCCUGCAAUUCCCCCUGGCGCUGCAGGAGCCGCCGGCCGCCGCCGCCGAGCCCCAGCCUAGCCCGCCGCCACCCUCUCUGCCGCCUCCCCCCGUGCGCCUCGGCGCCCCCUCGCAGCCGCCCGCGCCGCCGCCGCCGGACAGCGCGAGCCGCGGGGAGCCGCCCGAGCCCCCCGAGCAGCCUGCCGCCCCCGGGGCCGACGGCUGGGGGCUUGCGAGCGGCGGCGGGGGCGCCCGGGACUCCUGGCUCCGGACCCCGCUGGCCUCUGGAGAGGUGGUCACGGCGCAGAGCGCGCUGCUGGAGAGGGAAGCGCAGGAGUCCAGCACUACCGACGAGGAGCUCGCAGGCCGGAGGGCGGCCAACGGGAGCAGCGUGAGGGGCGGCGCCGUCAGCACCCCCGACUACGGGGAGAAGAAGCUGCCACAGGCGCUUAUCAUCGGGGUCAAGAAAGGAGGGACCCGCGCGCUGCUGGAGGCGAUCCGAGUGCACCCGGACGUGCGGGCGGUGGGCGUGGAGCCGCACUUCUUCGACAGGAACUAUGAAAAGGGGCUGGAAUGGUACAGAAAUGUGAUGCCUAAGACUUUGGAUGGGCAGUUAACCAUGGAGAAGACACCAAGUUACUUUGUGACAAAUGAGGCCCCCAAGCGCAUCCACUCCAUGGCCAAGGACAUCAAACUCAUCGUGGUGGUGAGAAACCCCGUGACCAGGGCCAUCUCCGAUUACACCCAGACACUGUCAAAGAAACCCGAGAUCCCCACCUUCGAGGUGCUGGCCUUCAAAAAUCGGACCCUAGGGCUGAUCGAUGCCUCCUGGAGCGCCAUUCGAAUAGGGAUCUAUGCUCUGCAUCUGGAAAACUGGCUCCAGUAUUUCCCCCUCUCUCAGAUCCUCUUCGUCAGCGGUGAACGACUCAUAGUGGACCCUGCCGGGGAAAUGGCCAAAGUACAGGAUUUUCUAGGCCUCAAGCGUGUUGUGACUGAGAAACAUUUCUAUUUCAACAAAACCAAGGGGUUCCCUUGCCUAAAGAAGCCAGAAGACAGCAGCGCCCCCAGGUGCUUAGGCAAGAGCAAAGGUCGGACUCAUCCCCGCAUCGACCCCGAUGUGAUCCACAGACUGCGGAAAUUCUACAAACCCUUCAACAUGAUGUUUUACCAAAUGACUGGUCAAAAUUUCCAGUGGGAACAGGAAGAGGGUGACAAAUGA